AUGUCCUUCGUGCUGAUUGGCCACUUUGAGACUGCUGAAGGUCUCAGGCCUCACUCCGCUACAAUAUUACCUAACAAGGAUUCAUUUCUUUUCAAUAUAGAUGUCACCAGGAAUGCUGCAAUUGGAUCUCAGGCUCCCCGCUCAUCCGUUGUUGAUUUUGGUGGUUCUGCUCAAGCUCUAGUAGGAGACCACAGCACACACAGCUCUUCACAUGCCAGUCAACCAUCAGUGUUUACAUUUGAAAACCCAAUCCAGGCCCAGCCCAUCCUUUCGUCCAGUGCACCACAGGACUACCUCUUUCUCCACCAGUGCAUGAGCAAGAAAACAGAGAAUGCUAGGAGUGCCAGUUUUUCUCAGUCUGUACAAUUGCAUGGUACCGCAAAGAGAGAUGGAGACACAACCUCAGAGAAGUUAUCACAAGCAAAUUCACAUUGUGUCAAUGGGGUCAGUGAGCAAAUACAUGGCUUUCACAUUUUACCAAAACCAGAGAAACAGCACAUAGAACAAAGGGACACCACUGCUUAUGAUUUGCCUAGGAGUCUGGGAUAUGACGGUGCGGCCAAAUUUGGCUCACCUGGGUUCGACAAUGAUGACGAAGAGGUGUACACGUUUAACACUCCCAAUAGCACUCUUUGUAGAAGACUUAGUGAGAUUUCCACAGACUCCUAUGAUAUUCCAUCAACGCCGAUGUCCUGCUACAAUAUUCCAAGGACAUUCACUUUUGACAGAAACCACAACCCGCUAUCCACGAGCUCUGGUGAUUCAGCAGCUGCACCUCCUCCACGGCCACCAAAGCCUGUUCAGAUAGAUCGGAAGCCAGACUGGGGUAGCCCUAAGCAAUACACUCGCAAUAGCAAAGGAAAACAAGCAUUGUCUGCAGCUACAAUCCCUAGAAGAAAUACCCUUCCAGCAGUGGAUAACAACAGACUACACAGAGCUUCUUCAUGUGAAACAUAUGAUUAUCCCCGUCACGCUACUAAUAACGAAGGCCUCUCGAUGGAGUCUGUUAAUGAUGGAUUCAGCUCUUACUUGAGAUCAACAUGCACAGCAUCCCGCUCAGAAAGUUUGGAAUCAGAAGAUAACUAUGUGCCAAUGAACCCAGGUUCCUUAUCUUCAUUUGUUACAACCACUGUAGAGAGUUGUCAGGAUGUCUACAUACCCAUGAGUCCUGGUCCACACCACUUUGACUUCCCCGGAUUCUCCUCAGCAACAUUCCCCACACGCAAAGGAAGUUCGGCAUCUCUCUGCCAUAAACCCAACUUUCCUGGAGAUUUGCUGCCACCUCCAGUCAACCGUAAUCUCAAACCAGACAGAAAAUCCAAAGCAGGAACUGUGGAAUCACGAAAUCACACAUUUAUUGAUGAGCUUCCCUUCAAGUCUCCUGUAACCAGAUCUUGGUCCAGGCCCAUAGCUGCUGUAAACCCCGUUUCUUCACAAAAUUGCCGUCCAUUAUCAACACAAAGUGUCACCAGCACCGACUCAGGAGACAGUGAGGAAAAUUACGUUCCAAUGCAGAAUCCAAUUUCUACCUCUCCAAUGAAUGCUGUGACUGGCAGCCCUGGUGCAAGGAAGACUGGGAGUGUGGAUUAUUUAUCUUUAGAUUUUCAGCCUAGCUCUCCUGGUCCUCAUCGAAAGCCUUCCACAUCCUCAGUGACAUCAGAUGAAAAAGUAGACUACGUACAAGUGGAUAAGGAGAGGACCCAGGCUCUACAGAGCACCAUGCAAGAGUGGACUGAUGUGAGACAAUCCAGUGAGCCUUUGAAGAGUCUGAAAUAGCAAUAUAAAGGAAAAACAAUGGAAAGCAAAGUGUUUGCAGUUCUGUAAAAGAUGAAUGCACUUUCUAUUACACGAUAGUAUGCCAGAAUGGGAGAAGAGGCAUUAUUUCUUGAAUUGUCUCAAAAUUUUACAGAUAGCUUUCCAUUACCUUGUGAUAUAGCAGCUACUUCAUUGUACCUGUUCAAACCAGAAGGCAUUUCUUCCAUAUGUUCACUCAAAAAAGCUUACAAGAUAAGGCAGAUUUCACAAUUGUCAAACAUUUGCCGCAUCUAAGUAUCUCCUAUUAUACUUUGCUUAACAAAAACUUGUGAUAAGAGUAAAGAAUGAAAUUGUUAGCUACCUGAUUGAAUUCCUUCAGCACAAGAGGAUUUUGAGAAGACUAACUAUUUUCGCCGUACUGUCAUUUAAUGUCAUGGAAGCUUGAAACCUUUUUGAAACACAGCAGCAGAAUAUAAUAAGUUGUAAGUGAACUGAAGUAAAUUAUUUCAGCAAUAAAAACUGAAAAUCCUGGAAAAACCCAACAGGUUUGGCAGCAUUUGGAGAGGGAAAAAUAAAAUUAAUGUUUUCAGUCUAGUUAUGACUUCUUCAGAUCUUCAGAGUUCCAAAAAAGAGUGGUGAAUCAUACUGGACUCGAAACAUUAGCUUUGUUCCUGUCUCCACAGAUGUUGAGUUUCUCUGCACUUUCAUUUUUUAUUUUGGAUCUCCAGCCUCUACAAU